UCCGAGCUCGACAUCUCUCGAGAUCUGACGCAAGCCAACCCAAUCAAUGAACUGACGGACUGAUUCUGGCCGACAGUGAUUGCUGCCUCCCGAGGAUUGAACCCCCAGUUGGACCCGUGUUUGGUGCCCCAAUCCGGACCCCCCAGCUCGUAUCUCAGCCCUAGGUGAUCGGCCGGAUUCGCCUGGCUUUGAACCUACGCGAAUAAACCACGGACGGGUGUGGGCGGAAUCCAUCGACUUGACGCAGUUCUCGUGCACGCGGGAAGCAGGAUGGCCACGUAUCAGGAAUAUAUGCAAGCGAAUGAGGAUCGGGAUGGGGUGCGCUUGUCUUGGAAUGUGUGGCCUUCGUCUCGUUUGGAAGCCACCCGCAUGGUGGUGCCCUUGGGCGCUUUUUACACGCCUUUGAAGGAACGCCCGGAUCUGCCACCCAUCCAAUAUGACCCGGUACUCUGCGCGCGCCAAUCCUGUAAGGCCAUCCUCAAUCCCAUGUGCCAAGUGGACUUCCGGGCUAAGCUCUGGGUAUGCAACUUCUGCUUCAACCGCAACACGUUCCCGCCCCAAUACGCGGCCAUCUCGGAGCAGAACCAACCCGCCGAGCUCAUUCCCCAAUUCUCCACCUUGGAGUACACCAUCACGCGGGCGCCCACUUUGCCGCCCGUGUUCCUGUACGCCGUGGACACCUGCAUGGAAGAAGACGAGCUGGGCGCCUUGAAGGAGUCCCUUCAGAUGUCGUUGUCGUUGUUGCCGCCUAACGCGCUCAUUGGCUUGAUCACUUUCGGCAAGAUGGUGCAAGUCCAUGAAUUGGGAUGCGAGGGCAUCGCCAAGAGUUACGUUUUCCGGGGAACCAAGGACUACUCGGCUAAGCAGGUUCAAGAUAUGCUGGGCAUUGGACGUGGACCCAAUACUGGAGGAGGAGCUCCGGCGGGUCCGCCCGGAGGUCCUCGUCCGGGACAACCCGGUGUCAUGCAGCCCACGCCCACCCCGCCCGCUAAUAAGUUUUUACAACCCGUGGCCAAAUGCGACAUGAGCCUGACGGAUCUGUUGGGGGAGCUACAACGGGACCCUUGGCCCGUGAAUCAAGGUAAACGGCCUCUGCGCUCGUCGGGCGUGGCCAUGUCCAUCGCGGUGGGUCUGUUGGAGGCCUCCUACCCUAAUUGUGGUGCCCGAGUGAUGAUGUUCGUGGGUGGGGCUUGCUCUCAGGGCCCGGGACAAGUAGUGAACGAUGAGCUCAAAUUCCCCAUUCGAUCGCAUCACGACAUUGAGAAGGACAAUGCGAAGUAUAUGAAGAAGGCCAUCAAACAUUUCGAGGCCUUGGCUAAUCGUGCGGCUACCAACGGUCAUGCCAUUGAUAUCUAUUCUUGCGCUUUGGAUCAAACUGGCUUGAUGGAGAUGAAAGCCUGUUGCAAUUAUACUGGUGGACACAUGGUCAUGGGUGACUCGUUUAACUCGUCUCUGUUCAAGCAGACCUUCCAAAGGGUUUUCGUCAAGGACGCCAACGACCAUUUCAAGAUGGCCUUUAAUGCCACCCUCGAGGUCAAGUGUUCGCGUGAGCUCAAGAUUCAAGGGGCCAUUGGUGCUUGUUACUCGGCUCAAAGGAAGGACUCUACCGUGUCGGAAAUGGAAGUGGGUCUGGGUGGGACCACGGCCUGGAAGUUCUGCACACUCGGUCCCAACACGACCACGGCCGUGUUCUUUGAAGUGGUGAACCAACAUGGAGCCCCCAUUCCGCAAGGUGGGAGGGGUUGCAUUCAGUUCAUCACGCAAUACCAGCACGCCUCCGGCCAGCGACGAGUACGCGUGACGACGUUAGCUCGGAAUUGGGCCGAUCCGACCUCGGCUCUUCAACAUAUUCAGGCCAGCUUCGACCAGGAAUGUGCGGCCGUGCUCAUGGGUCGAAUGGCGGUUUGGCGAGCGGAUAACCAAGAUGAAGGUCCCGACGUCUUGCGAUGGGUGGAUCGAAUGCUAAUUCGCUUGUGCCAGAAGUUUGGGGAAUACCAUAAGGAUGACACGAACUCGUUCCGCCUUCCCGAUAAUUUCACACUAUAUCCCCAAUUCAUGUUCCACCUACGUCGUUCGCAGUUCUUGCAAGUGUUCAAUAACUCGCCGGAUGAGACCUCGUUCUACCGGGCUUGUUUGUAUCGCGAGGACAUGAAUCAAUGUCUCAUCAUGAUCCAGCCCCUAUUGUACGCCUACACUUUCAACGGACCCCCGGUGCCGGUUCUAUUGGACACGUCCUCGAUUCAGCCCGAUCGAAUUCUUCUCAUGGACACGUUUUUCCAGCUUCUGAUUUUCCACGGAGAGACUAUCGCUCAAUGGAGAAAUGCUGGCUACCAUGAAUUGCCAGAGUAUGAGAACUUCAAGCAACUACUAGAAGCCCCCGUAGCAGACACCACCGAGAUCCUACAGACGCGAUUCCCCGUGCCUCGUUAUAUCAGUACGGAACAGGGCGGUUCUCAGGCUAGGUUCUUACUCUGCAAGGUCAACCCAUCUCAGACCCAUAACAAUGCCAUGUAUGGCGGGGAUAUUUCCAUCGGAGGUUCAAAUGCAGGGGAUAGCGGUGCCCCCGUAUUGACUGACGAUGUGAGUUUACAAGUGUUCAUGGAACAUUUGAAGAAGCUGUCGGUGAGCUCGCAAGCCUAGAAUUUGACGAGGAACUGCCACAUAAUCCACGAGUUCCCACGCAUUUCUUGGUUGGGUUGAUUUCACAAAGACCAUAUUCAUUAUGUCUGUUUACUUUUUUCCUACAUAUUUUAUUGAUGACAAGCUGAAUAAAUCUGCAAGAACGAA